AUAUUGAAGACUUGUAGAGAAAUAAAAACUCGUCCUUUGUUGAUAUGCAGUCGAAAAAUUGAAUGAAACCGAAGCGAUGGAUCAAUCUCAAGGUCAGAGAACAGCAUCCGCAUCAGCAGCGUCGCGUUCUUUCCAAUUCCACCCUGCUCGUGCUCCCAUCCUCGAUCUCUUCAACCUCUACUUAGGACUUGGAAGAAAUAACCGCCACAAACCCGACGACUUGCUCCGCGAACCACCCAACAAAACGCAGAAACGCGUACAUGCACUUAACCGCGAGCUUCCUCCGCCGAACGAGCAAUUCAUUCUAGAUUUCGAGCAGCUUCAGAGCCAGUUUCCUGACCAGGAUCAAUUUCGUUCUGUGACAGAGGCUAUUCUUAUAUCACUAGUUGUGCAGUGUAGUGGUCAUGGGCCGCGAUCGGAUUUCCUUCUUUAUGUUUUACGAACCUUGUGCGGUAUUGGGUGCAUUAACUGGGACUCGUUUCUGCCGUCCCUUCUUUCUUCAGUUUCUUCAGCAGAAUUGCCGGUCGGUCAAAUGAGUCAAGCAGUGCCAACGGUUUCCUCGUCAAGCUUAUCGCAGUCGGGAAUGCUGCCUCCUCAAGGCACAGUGGCUAAUUCUAAUUUUCAGUCUUUGAAUCCUGCAUCCCCAUUGACUUCUGUUCAUAGUAUUGGCUCCCCUGCACAGCCAACUAUUGAGUCAUUAUCUUAUGCAACUUUAUCUCCUGUCAAAUCAUCUGAUAUUUCUUCCAGUGGACAACAAUCUAAAUUAAGAGGCAGCCCAUCUGUGAGAAACAAUGAUAUUAGCAAUAGUAGCCUUCGUCAGCUAUGUUGCAAGAUUAUUUUAACUGGUCUUGAGGUCAGUUUAAAACCUGUGACGUAUGCUGAAAUCUUCCACCAUAUGCUGAAUUGGCUGGUGAAUUGGGAUCAGAGGCAACAGGGUGUUGAUGAAACUGAUAUACUAAAGUCAUGGAGACCUGACAAAGCAGUAAUUGCAUGGCUACACAGUUGCUUGGAUGUGAUUUGGCUUUUAGUUGAUGAGGGAAAAUGUCGGGUUCCCUUUUAUGAAUUAUUACGCAGUGAUUUGCAAUUCAUAGAGAAUAUUCCUGAUGAUGAAGCAUUGUUUACACUUAUAUUGGAGAUCCACAGGAGACGAGAUAUGAUGGCGAUGCACAUGCAAAUGUUGGACCAGCAUCUUCAUUGCCCUACUUUUGGGACUCAUCGGAUCUUGAAUCAGACAACGCCUAAUAUUUCUGGUGAAGCAGCAGCACACCUGCGGCUAUCACCAAUCUCAUAUUUAAGUGUACUUGGAGAACCUUUGCAUGCAGAGGAUAUUACAAACUCUAUUCAGAAGGGAAGUUUGGAUUGGGAGAGAGCUGUACGUUGCAUAAGGCAUGCCCUCCGUACUACACCAUCGCCUGAUUGGUGGAGACGUGUGCUGGUACUGGCUCCUUGCUAUAGGCCUUCAUCUCAAGCGCCUACUGCUGGUGCUGUUUUUUCUUCAGAGAUGAUCUGUGAGGCAACUAUUGAUAGAAUUGUUGAACUAUUGAAAUUGACAAAUUCAGAGAUAAAUUGCUGGCAGGACUGGCUUGUCUUCUCUGAUAUCUUCUAUUUUCUUGUGAAAAGUGGGUGCAUUGAUUUUGUUGAUUUUGUGGACAAGCUGGUUUCACGUCUCACAGAGGGUGAUCAGCAUAUCCUUAAGACAAAUCAUGUGACUUGGCUGCUUGCACAGAUAAUUCGAAUUGAGCUGGUCAUGAAUGCUUUGAAUUUAGAUUCUAGAAAGGUGGAGACUACCAGAAAGAUUUUAUCAUUUCAUAGAGAAGACAGAAGUUCAGAUCCAAAUAAUCCUCAAAGUAUCUUGCUUGAAUUUGUAAGCAGUUGUCAAAAUUUGCGUAUUUGGUCAUUGAACACAACAGCCAGAGAAUACCUGAACAGUGAACAGCUUCAAAAAGGAAAGCAGAUAGAUGAGUGGUGGAGACAAGCAAGCAAAGGGGACCGAAUGAUGGAUUAUAUGAAUAUGGAUGAACGCUCAAUAGGGAUGUUUUGGGUUGUGACCUACACAAUGGCACAGCCUGCUUGUGAAACAGUAAUGAAUUGGCUAACUUCUGCUGGAGUUAUUGACUUGCUACCAGGACCAAAUUUGCAAUCAGCUGAGAGAUUAGUGGCUACACGAGAAGUGAACCCACUGCCCAUGUCAUUGUUGUCUGGAUUUUCAAUGAACUUAUGUUUGAAGCUCUCUUAUCAAAUGGAAGAUUCUCUUUUUUCUGGGCAGGUUGUACCCAGCAUUGCAAUGGUUGAAACUUAUACUAGAUUGUUGCUCAUUGCACCCCAUUCACUGUUUCGUUCACAUUUCAAUCAUUUAGUGCACAAAAGCCCUUCUCUUUUGAGCAAGCCUGGAGUUACACUUUUGGUGCUUGAGAUAUUGAACUACCGAUUACUUCCACUUUACAGGUACCAAGGAAAAAGCAAAGCCUUGAUGUAUGAUGUUACAAAGAUAAUUUCUGCUCUAAAAGGAAAGAGGGGAGAUCAUCGAGUAUUCAGAUUGGCUGAAAAUCUGUGCUUGAAUCUUAUUUUCUCAUUGAGAGAUUUCUUCUUGGUUAGAAGGGAAGGGAAGUUGCAGGGCCCAACGGAAUUUACGGAAACUUUGAAUCGAGCGACUGUUAUAACUCUUGCAAUCCUCAUUAAAACUCGUGGGAUUGCAGAUGCUGAUCACUUGCUUUAUCUCCAAAAUAUGUUGGAGCAAAUAAUGUCAACUAGUCAGCAUACAUGGUCAGAAAAAACACAACGCCACUUCCCUUCUGUUCUGCGUGAAGCACUGAGUGGUCGAACGGAUAAAAGGAGCCUUGCAAUACAAGCAUGGCAGCAGGCAGAAACCACUGUAAUAAACCAGUGCACCCAGCUUCUUUCACCAUCAGCUGAUCCUAGUUAUGUUAUGACCUAUAUCAGUCAUAGUUUCCCUCAGCAUCGACAAUACUUGUGUGCUGGUGCAUUGAUAUUAAUGCAUGGCCAUCCAGAAAAUAUCAACAGUGGAAACCUGGGACGUGUCUUGCGGGAGUUUUCUCCUGAAGAAGUGACGUCUAACAUUUACACGAUGGUGGAUGUUAUGCUUCAUCAUAUGCAGAUAGAGCUUCAACAAGGACAUUCGUUGCAGGACCUCAUGAUAAAAGCUUUGGCAAGUCUUACCUUUUUUGUUUGGACAAAUGAGUUACUUCCUUUGGAUAUCCUGCUUUUAGCACUUAUUGAUCGUGAUGAUGAUCCACAUGCUUUGCGAAUUGUGAUUAGUCUACUUGAUAGGCAAGAGCUCCAGCAAAGAAUAAAACUCUUUUGUUUAACUCGUGGGCACCCUGAACAUUGGCUUUACUCAGGAACAUUCAAGCGGGUUGAGGUGCAAAAGGCUCUUGGAAAUCACCUUUCUGGGAAGGAUAGGUAUCCAGUAUUUUUUGAUGAUAUUGCAGCGCGUUUGCUUCCAGUCAUCCCCUUGAUUAUUUAUAGGCUUAUUGAAAAUGAUGCAAUGGAUACAGCAGAAAGACUAUUGGCCGUCUAUUCUCCAUUGCUUGCCUAUUACCCUCUAAGAUUUACAUUUGUUCGUGAUAUACUUUCUUACUUCUACGGUCAUCUUCCUGGAAAGCUCAUUGUUCGAAUACUCAAUGUACUUGAUAUCAGUAAGAUUCCCUUUUCAGAGUCGUUCCCACAGCAAAUAAGUUCAUCAAAUCCUGUCAUGUGCCCUCCUCUGGAUUAUUUUAGUACUCUAUUAUUAGGAAUAGUGAAUAAUGUGAUCCCACCCUUACAUAACAAUUCAAAAUCUGGACCUAUGGGAGAUGCAUCAAACAACGCACUGCGUACUACACAAAACAAGCCUCCAGCAGUGUCCCAGUCUGGACCAGCAAAUGCUUCUGAGGGCCAAAAGGCAUUCUACCAAAUUCAGGAUCCUGGCACAUACACUCAGCUGGUUCUUGAGACUGCUGUCAUUGAAAUACUUUCCCUUCCAGUAUCUGCCUCUCAGAUAGUACAAUCACUUGUUCAAAUUGUUGUUAAUAUCCAACCAACAUUAAUCCAAUCUAGUAAUGCUCUCCACGGUGGAUCAAAUGGUGUGGGGCAAGGUUCGGUGUUACCAACAUCACCUUCUGGGGGAAGCACAGAUUCCUUAGGUGCCAGCAGAUCAACUCCUUCAGUUUCCGGAAUAAAUACCUCUAACUUUGCUUCUCGAAGUGGAUAUACAUGUCAACAGCUGUCUUGCUUGUUGAUUCAAGCUUGUGGCCUCCUACUUGCUCAGCUUCCUUCUGAUUUUCACUCACAACUUUACUUGGAGACAACACGUAUCAUAAAAGAGAACUGGUGGCUUACAGAUGGGAAAAGGUCACUAGGGGAAAUAGACUCUGCCGUGGGCUAUGCUUUGUUAGAUCCAACAUGGGCUGCACAGGAUAAUACCUCCACAGCCAUCGGGAAUGUGGUUGCCUUGCUUCAUUCUUUCUUCAGUAAUCUCCCUCAAGAAUGGCUUGAAGGGACCAAUGUUAUUGUCAACCAACUUCGGCCGGUAGCAUCCGUUGCAAUGUUGAGGAUAGUAUUCCGUAUAAUGGGUCCACUCCUACCAAAACUUGCCAAUGCUCAUGCACUUUUCAACAAGACCCUAUCAUCAUUAUUAAGUAUAUUAGUGGAUGUAUUUGGAAAAAACUCCCAGACAUCAAUUGCUGUUGAUGCAUCUGAAAUAGCGGAUCUCAUUGACUUCCUCCAUCAUGCCAUUCAUUAUGAAGGGCAGGGAGGGUCUGUACAGGCUAGCAGCAAACCUCGAGCCGAUGUUUUGGCUCUUAUGGGAAGGGCAUCAGAGAGAUUACGUCCAGACAUUCAACAUCUGCUCUCUCACUUGAAUCCUGAUGUGAAUUCUUCUGUUUAUGCGGCAUUUCAUCCGAAGUUGGUCCAGAAUCCAUCUUAGUUGCAAGAGUAUGCUCUGAACAAAUCGCCACAUGACACUAUUUUGAGUUUUAAAUUAAGCUAAAGAAACAUAAUGUGAACUCUUUCAUGUUGUAAUUCAUUAUAGCUAUCUAUUGUAUGACGAAUGCAUGACACAUUUAGAAGGCAUGUGUGUAUAUAUUGCAAAACAUCUCAUCCAACUCAGUAGUCACCCAAACAACAAUCACAAAUUGCAUAAUCAAAUCAAGAUAAUCAAAUGUUAUUCAUAUUAUCAACAA